AUGGCGAGUCGCCGUACUCUGCUCAAGGUGAUCAUCCUUGGGGACUCGGGGGUUGGGAAGACGUCGUUGAUGGCGCAAUACGUAAAUAAUAAGUUCUCCAAGCAGUACAAGGCGACGAUCGGGGCGGAUUUCAUGACGAAGGAAAUCGUCAUCGACGACACGGUGGUGACGUUGCAAAUUUGGGAUACGGCUGGACAGGAGCGAUUUCAGUCGCUCGGCGUGUCGUUUUAUCGCGGUGCGGAUUGCGUGAUGUGCGUGUACGACGUCAACUCGGCGAAAUCGUUCGAGUCGCUCGAGAACUGGCGAAACGAGUUUCUCGUGCAGGCGUCGCCGAGCGACCCAGAGAAAUUUCCCGUCGUCGUCGUGGGGAAUAAAAUCGACGUAGAGGACGGCAAGGACAGCAAGAGGGUGAUCAGCGAGAAGAAGGCAAAAUCGUGGUGCACGUCAAAGGGUGGUUUGAUGCACUUCGAGUGCAGCGCGAAGGAAGAUAUCAACGUCGACGCCGCUUUUGAAGCCGUCGCGAGGUUCGCCGUGCAAAACGAAGACGCCGAGGAGGACGUGUACUUGCCGGACACCGUUAGCAUCGACACGCGCGGCGCCGCACCCUCCAGCGGGUGCUGCUGA